AUGUCGCGUGCCACGUCAUACGAUCCGUUCGCCUCUUCCAACCGAUCCAGUUCAAUAGUUCGAAGUACGGGCCUUGCGAGCAGUGAUUACACGCCAAAGGGCAAUUAUACGAACAGGUACUGUAUAAACGCUAGAAGAACACGAUUGAUAUUUUUUUGAAACUUGAAUUUCAGGUACGGUAGCACUGAACAAUUGAGUUCGUACCGCCCGUCCGCCUAUCGAUCCGGCUCAAUUUCUUCGGGCUCCGCCACGUCAUCAUCGUACACGCCGCGAAAUGCGAGAGCCGGAAGUGUCAGUAUUGGAGGUACGAGGAAUACUGUACUUUUGGAAAAGACAAUGUUUUUAUGGUCAAUCAAUAAUGAUUUCAUUUUGAAACUUUUACAAUUUUAAAAAAAGCGAGUUCAGAGCCUUUCAAAUUCAAAUUUAAACAUGUCUUGUGUAACAGAAGAAAUUUAGAAAGUUUACAAACAAAAUCGUGCUCACAAAUGUCUCGGGCGGUGGGGAUCCGUUGCGACCAUCUGGUCGCCUUCCGUUUCACACGUGUUUUGCAGCAUACGACCCGCCGAACAGAAGCCAUUCGGACGCGCUCAGCAGAUAUCAUCGACCCGCAAACACCGACACGUACACGCCGAGUCUGUCCCGUUACCGAUCGACGGACCUGUCCUCGACUUCCGAUUACUCGACAUCCAAGUACCGUAGCCCAGAGAACAGCUACAGUAGUUCGCGGUGUUCGUCGACGGUUUCGAAUCGAUAUUCCUCCUCCUCCUCUUCAAAAACGUCUCCAUACUCUUCGCGAACGUCCACUUCGAGCUCCUACAGAAGCGAUCGAGAUUAUCGAUCGAUGAGUCGCACUGAAAAUGAGGUUAGGGCCACGGAAAAAGCAAAAGACGAAUUUCCUUGUCGGGAAUCGAACCCGGGGCGCUAAUGCUAAACACAGUGCGCUCGUAAAUUGCGGAGUGUCGUUGUAGCUUUUGAAAAUUUGCAGGUCUAAAAAUGGAGUUCAAUUCGAGUUUACGACCUUUAUUUCUAUCUUUUUGUCUUGAAAAACGUCUAGAAACCAAUAUUUUACUGAUUGGAAACCGUUCUUUACAGAAUUUAGAGUUUUUCAUGUUUUUAGCGUCAUUUUCGCAUUUCGUCAAAACUUCAAACCUUUAUAUUUCAGCUCAUUUUGCAUUUCAUGAGCCCAGCGAACGAUAAAAAUGUUCGCUGAAUCUUUCUUCAUAAAAUUCAGGUUCCGGCGGUUAGUUUUUAUGAGCAGUUUUCGAAAACUAUUCGAAAAACAUCAAAAUCCAGGCCAAAACCGUCAAAUCGAAAUAACUCGACUAAUUCUCAACGAUAUGCGAGAUUUCUGUUACCAAAACGUAGCUAGUGCUCUAAUUAUUUGGAGCCAGGUUCCAGGCGUACAAAAAAAUAGGUGUAUUGUACAGAAAACAUGGAAAGAACGCGGCCUCCCGUUGAAAAUUAAUUAAUCGGCCGCCGCGUAAAUCGACACAGCCCGCCGUGCGCUCCAUUGAAAUUAUUCGCGCCAGUGGGAGAUCGUGCCGCGUGGGUGAAAAAAAAAACACGAAUCCUAACCACUACACUACAUGGGAUGGAGGGCGCGCGCGAGGGCAAUGCUAUUAUAAUAGAUUGCAGGAAGAGGACGAGGUGGAGAGCACUUUCCGCAAACUCUACCGCAAAUACGUGACCGAUAGUGAGCCGGAUUUGAGCAAAAACGACAAGUUCGAAGGGUCGCUGGCUGAAAAAGGUAAUUUUCUUGACAUUUUAAGCGCUCGAACAACAACAAAAAUUGCCGAAAAAUAACUAAAGUUCAUGCGCUCAAGAAUUUCGCUUUGGCCUAUUCAAUUGUUCUAUCAGAGCAAACAUUGGAAAUUCAUCAUUUUUCGCGGCUAUUUAUGUGAAAAACAUGAAAUUUGGUUUAAUCGUUCCAGUUUCACGACGCUUCGAGUCGAAAAGUGAGGCGGAAGAGGAGGAAUCGGAUUUAUCGAUUUCCGAAGAGGACGACGAUGAGAUAUUGUCGAAGUAUCAGUCGAAAGGGCUCAGAAGAGCCAGCUCGGCGAGCUCGAUCACUCCGAGAGCCUCGGUUUGCAACUCGCCGAGCAAAGAUGUGACGCCCAAGUGCUCGCCGCUUCCCGCCAGGAAAGUGAGUCUAUUCUCUUGAUUUAAAAAAUGCUUCGAUGAAGAAAGCAGCUAUCCAAAGGCUCCGCAGAAAAGCUGCCGCUGAGCGAUAAGACAAUUGUGUGAAACUGUGAAAAUUUUCUUUAAAAUUCCAGGAUGCGCCGAUUCCGAAUCUGGUGUCCGAAUCGGAAUCAGAAGUCGAAGAAGAGGCGGAAUCGAUCGAUAUGAAGCCGUUGACGAGAAGUUUCCACAUGCAAGCCACUUUCGGCGCGUUGAUGAAGGAUUCGGAGGAAUUGCUGAGGACCGUCACGGCUUCCGAACAUUCGGAGCUUCCAGAAGUCGUAAAAAAGGAUUCCGCGGAAGCUCAGAAGACGUCCAAAAAUGUGCAGAUAAAGACAUCUGACGUCUCCAAGGAAUCUGAAGACGUUCUGAAGUUUUGUGAAGUUCAGAAAGUUUCGGAAGAUGUGAAAAAGGACCCAGAAUGUGCCAAGAAGAACUCUGAAGACGUCAAAAGUGUUGCUGAAGCAAUUUUCCCAAAAAUCCCGAUUGAAACAGUGAAAAAAGUGGCGGCUUCCAUAAAAAUCAACGGAAUUCCUGUAAAAAUGGAAAACGGAGAAGAGAAGGGGGAAAAAGGAGCGGUUCGCAUCCGAAUUCGCGCCGAUAAAUCGCCCAGUCGAGACAAAGAGGUCGGCCUUUUUUUUUUGAUAGCAAAUUUCACAAAAUCAAUCAAAAUCAAUGUCCAGAAAAAUGGGUUUUUCUUGCAGGUUUCUCCGCCCGAAAAUCUCAUUUCGACGGCGGCAAAUGUGGUUUUACAGCAAGAGGACAGAUCGGAUGAGAAUCUUCGAGAAUUUUCCAAGGAAAAAUCAUCGGAAAGCGACACGACGACCACUUCUUCUCGAGGUUUUUGAAUCAUUGACUUUUUAUCGAAAAAAAAUUCGUUCGCGUGGGAGGGGUAAUUUCGAACAGCUGUUGUGCUCCGCGGAGCUCACUGAGCCACUAUGGGCUCACUUUUGCAUCACAACAAUAGAAAAAUGAGAAGAGUUGAGUGUCUUACGAAUUUUUUCGCUCAAAAAAUUGAUUUUUUUUAAAGAAUCGUUUGAUUGUCUUCGAAUAAAACCAUUUCUAGCCUCGAGCCUUCGAAAACGACGCGAUCCGAAUCGAACUCUUGAGAAUUUGCAGUCGAUUUUGAAAGCGGAAAAAAUGAAGGAUUCGACGGACAAUUCGGAGGAAUCAGAAGAGAAAAAAGUGGAGAAAACGGAAGAAAACGAGGUGAAAUCCGAGGAAAAAGUGAGUAACAAACUUAUGGCACAGUCACUGAACGCUGCGAAUUUCUGAAAGUUUGAAGCCAUACUUUCUUCCGUGGCACCUGUAUUCAAAACAUUUCUGGAACAGAAUUCAUCGUAAUUUUUCAAUAAUUUUCAGAACAUACGUCGCAUUCCGAUCCCCCUGGUCCUGAUCACCGAACCUUCGAAUCCGUCGACUCCUCUGGCCACCACUCCGGUCACCACGGCCGCCAGUAUCUGUUUGUGGAACAAGAGAUCGAGUUCGUCGACGGAAGAAGAAGGAGACGAAGACGAGUACGAGGUGGGAUUUCCCUUCGAACCCUAA